AUGGAAUUAUCAGAGUUUACCUACGAAUACGUUUCCAAAUCGAUCGAACGAGGUGUGAUCAAAGAUAUCAAUGCAGUGAUUCCAGUCUUGGGUGGUUUAACGUUGCUUCACAUAGCAACUUUGAAUAAUGAUCAACAAUUAGUGGACUAUCUGCUCCGCAAAGGAGCUGAUAUAAAUUCAAAAAGUGAAUGCUGGGGUACAGUUUUUAAUAUUGCUCUGAUAGUGAAUAACCUGACAACAAUUCAAAGUCUAAUAAGCUUUGGAGCAGACGUUAAUCAUCGAAUUGAGUUCUCUGAAUUACGCCGUUUCAAGAUGGCAGUUUACCAAUAUUGUAAAGAAAUUCGUAAGUUUUCAUUAUCAUCCUCUUUCUGUAUCCAUACGAUAUUUCUUUCUGGUCAUACAGCUGUUGCCACUCUACCAUUAAAUAUCGCUAUUCAUGGACAGAAUGUAAAAAUGGUAGAGCUACUUUUAAAAAAUAAUGCUGAUCCGAAUCCUGAUGCUGAUACUUAUGGAUCACCACUACUCUUUGCUGCUAUUAAAGGAGAUUUACCAAUUAUAAAACUUCUUCUGGCCUACGGUUCAAAUGUUAAUAUUGUAAUGAAACAUGUUGGAGGAAUUCCUCACGGUUUAGGAGAAAGUCCUCUACAUGUUGUUGCCCACAAUCAAGACUCGGAAGCAUUAAAAUUGUUCUUAGAUCAUGAUAUGAUUGAUAUAAAUAUAGUGACAGAUUUUAAAGAUUCAGCACUUCAUUGCGCAAUGAUGGAUACGACUGACGAUAAUAUCAUAACUUCUUAA